GAGAGGCUCCCGACUCUACCUCUGCGUCUUUCUUUUUUCUUCAUCCUCACUCCCCCAUUCAGGUGCUGUUCGACAAGUGACGGCUGGCUCCGUCAAGGGUGGCGCCCGAACAGGGACCUGAAUACGGGGGACCAUAGUGAAGGACACCGCGGAUCGUGAGCUCGGAUAACCCUACACAGGAUGCUAUGUUCUCUGCUCCUCUGUGAGUGUCUGCUGCUGCUCACUGGCUGUGCUCAUGAUGACGACUGGAUUGACCCCACAGACAUGCUCAACUAUGAUGCCGCUUCAGGAACAAUGAGAAAAGCUCAGGUGAAGUAUGGUAUAUCAGAGAAAAAAGAUGUCAGUCCUGAAUGGUCACAUGCUGAUGAAAUGUCAGAAUGUUAUAACAGAGUUGAUUCUUUAACUCAUAAGAUUGAUGAGUGUGAAAAGAAAAAGAGGAAAGACUAUGAAAGUCAAAGUAAUCCUGUUUUUAGGAGAUACCUAAAUAAGAUCUUAAUUGAAGCUGGAAAGCUUGGACUUCCUGAUGAAAACAAAGGUGAUAUGCAUUAUGAUGCUGAGAUUAUCCUUAAAAGACAAACCUUACUAGAAAUACAGAAGUUUCUCGGUGGAGAGGAAUGGAAACCAGGAGCCCUGGAUGAUGCACUGAGUGAUAUUUUAAUUAACUUUAAGCUUCAUGAUUUUGAAACAUGGAAGUGGCGAUUUGAAGAUUCCUUUGGAAUGGAUCCAUACAGUGUGUUGAUGGUACUCCUGUGUCUGCUCUGCAUUGUGAUGUUAGUAGCUACCGAGCUGUGGACACGUGUUCGUUGGUACACCCAGUUGAGACGUGUUUUUAUCAUCAGUUUUCUUGUCAGUUUGGGAUGGAAUUGGAUGUAUUUAUAUAAGCUAGCUUUUGCACAGCACCAGGCUGAAAUUGCCAAGAUGGAGCCAUUAGGCAAUGCGUGUGCAGAGAAGAUGGAUUGGACUGGCAGUCUCUGGGAAUGGUUCAGAAGUUCAUGGACCUAUAAGGAUGACCCAUGCCAAAAAUACUAUGAGCUCUUAUUAGUCAACCCUAUUUGGUUGGUUCCACCAACAAAGGCACUUGCAGUUACAUUUACCAACUUUGUAACAGAACCAUUAAAGCACAUUGGAAAAGGAACUGGUGAAUUUAUUAAAGCACUCAUGAAGGAGAUCCCAGUGUUACUUCAGAUUCCUGUGUUGAUAAUUAUGGCACUGGCCGUCCUGAGUUUCUGCUAUGGUGCUGGAAAGUCAGUUAGUGUGAUGAGACAUUUAGGUGGUCCUGAGAGAGAACUUCCCCGGGCACUGAAGCCAGGUGAUCGAAGACGGCAGGAGGAAAUUGAUGAUAGACUCGGUGGAGCAGGUGAUGCAGAUUUCUAUUACAGGGGCCAUUCUGCCUCCCUUGAGCAAGGCCCUUAUGACAAAACACGUGAAUGUAGAAAAGAUGUUUUGAGGGAGACAGACAUUGACUUGAGAUUUCAGACUGGCAACAAGAGCCCUGAAGUGAUCCGGGCAUUUGAUUUACCAGACACAGAGGCACAAGAGCAUCCCAAGGUGGUACCCAGUCAUAAAUCACCUAUUCUGGAUACAAAGUCUGGAGAGAUUGGUGGCAUCACAGGAGAAAGCACUGGGACAGAAAGCAGCCAGGCUGCUAAGCCUGCCUCUGGCCAAGCAGUCUCAGGAGCCCCCGAAGGCUCACUUGGCGUGGAAAAGGCCCCGCUGAAGAGUGAAGCUGAAGGCAGCCCCCAGAAGGGCAGUGUAUGCAGCCCAGCAUGCGGAAGGGAUCCUAUUAGCAGCCCCUGCGGCUAGAGGGAUGGACAUGGGCCACAGCUCUGGAGUCUUCUUUUGAGUUUUAUACCCAUUUGGGGAUGGCACCUACCUUAACAGCUAGCAAGGCAACGUGCUACCACUGUUGAAUGAUUACAGCAGUUCAGGGAAGAACUGAUUAAAGCAAACUGAACCUAUCAAGGCCAGUUAUUCCAGAAGAGCAGUAAGGCUUGUUUGCUGACUAGCUAUAUUUGCCACUGAAAUUAAGGCUCGUAGUAAAAAAGGCUUUUAAGAAAAUCAGAAUGGGGACAAACAGCUGUUUAAAGUAUUUUUAAAAUGGAAUAAUGCUGAAUGUGUACAGGAUCUAAGAACCACUGUAUACACACAAUAAACAUUAACUUUUACAUUA